UUGGAUGUCAAGUCCGUUGCUAAGGACCCGAAGAAUUUUCAGAAACUGUUGGAUAAGCCAGCCAGCACCCCUCAAUCCAAUCUAGCGCAAGAUGUCUCAUACAUGUGGCGCAACCUAUCCAUCCCAGUGAUCGCUAGUCUUCACGGCAUGUGCUUUGGUGGAGGGUUCCAGAUUGCUCUCGGAGCUGAUUUUCGUUUCGCCACGCCCGAUACAAAACUGUCUAUCAUGGAGGCCAAAUGGGGCCUAAUCCCUGAUAUGGGUAUCACUGUGCCCGCGCGUGAACUGAUGCGCGCAGACGUACUCAAAGAGCUCACCAUGACGGCGCGCAUAUUCUCUGCCACUGAGGGUGUGCAGUACGGCUGUGUCACACGCACAUGCGCAGACCCAACAGCCGAAGCAGUGAAGCUGGCCGAGGAGAUCAUAGAGAAGUCGCCGGAUAUGAUAGCCAGCGCGAAGGACCUGUUCAACCAGACACACGCCCAGGGAACGGAAAAGAUGGCGCUGGACUUAGAGACCGAGCUACAGAAGAAGAUAAUGGCUGAGAUGGCCAAGACGGGAGGCUUUUUGCAACCACCUAAAUAG